CCUAUUUGCCGUCUGUACAUCAGUCCAAUGAGACUGUCUGGACCGCCUGACGGACAGAGACGAAGAAGAAGGCUUGACUUUCAGAUUCGCUCUUUUUAGUCUUCCGACAAAAGGCACCGGCACUGGAUUACUUUAUAGCCGUCUUCCUACAAAUGGUCUGAAAAAUAUAUCAAAGAAGUUGAAGCCGUUGUGUGUGUGUGUGUUUGUGUGCUCUGUAUGUGUGUCAGUGUGUGUUCCUUAUGAGUGUGUGCGUGUAUAUAUGUGUAUGAGUGCAUGUGUUCGGGAUGAAGAGCCGGUGGGACCUCCGCUACCCUCUCCUCGUCCUCCUCCUCUACCUGUCGGCGGACGUCGUCUCACAGGUCAACCCAGGGGUGUGUCGCUACCCUCUGGGCAUGUCAGGACGGCAGAUCCAGGAUGAGGACAUCUCAGCGUCAAGCCAAUGGUCGGAGUCCACGGCUGCCCGCUACGGCAGGCUGGAGCAGGAGGAGGCGGACGGGGCCUGGUGCCCCGAGGGCACGCUGGAGCCCGACACGCUGAAGGAGUUCCUGCAGGUGGACCUGCGCUCGCUCACCUUCAUCACGCUGGUGGGCACGCAGGGCCGCCACGCCGGGGGCAUCGGCAACGAGUUCGCCCACCGCUACCAGCUGCAGUACAGCCGGGACGGCAGCCGGUGGGCGGUCUGGAGGGACCGCACGGGCCAGCAGGUCAUAGCAGGAAACCGCAACGCCUACGACAUCGUGCUGAAGGACCUAGAGCCGCCCAUCAUAGCGCGCUCCGUGCGCUUCAUACCUGUCACCGACCACUCCAUGAACGUCUGCAUGAGGGUGGAGCUCUACGGCUGCGAGUGGCUGGACGGCCUUGUAUCUUACAACGCUCCCGUUGGUGAACAGAUGAACUUGCCCAGUUUCCCCGUGUACCUCAACGACUCGGUCUACGACGGAGCCGUGAUCCACAGUAUGACCGAGGGGCUGGGCCAGCUGACGGACGGCGUGUGCGGUCUGGACGACUUCACGCAGAGCCAGGUGUAUAACGCCUGGCCGGGCUACGACUACGUGGCCUGGACCAAUGAGAGCUUCCCCAGCGGCUACGUGGAGAUCAUGUUCGAGUUCGACCGCGUACGCAACUUCACCACCAUGAAGGUGCACUGCAACAACAUGUUCUGGCGGGGCGUGAAGGCCUUCCGCCGGGCCUCCUGCUACUUCCGCAGCGAGGCCGACUGGGAGGCGGCGCCGCUGGUGUUCCGGGCGGCGGUGGACGGGGUGGACCCCAGCGCCCGCUUCCUCACCGUGGACCUGGCCAACCACAUGGCCAGCGCCAUCAAGUGCCACUUCUACUUCGCCGACACCUGGAUGAUGUUCAGCGAGAUCACCUUCCAGUCAGAUACAGCCAUGUAUAACACAACCCUGGCCCCGCCCAAUCCAGGACCUCCCACGAGCACACAACCUGGGGGUCACCCCACACACAAAGUAGACGACAGCAACACAACAAUUCUGAUCGGUUGUCUAGUGGCCAUCAUCUUCAUCCUCGUCGCCAUCAUCGUCAUUAUCUUGUGGCGGCAGGUGUGGCAGAAGAUGAUCGAGAAGGUCUCCCGCCGGAUGCUAGACGACGAGCUCACGGCGAGUCUGUCCAUCCAGAGCGAGACGUUCGCCUUCAGCCACACCAACGCGUCGGCCGCCGCCAGCGAGCAGGAGUCCGACGCCACGUACGAACGCAUCUUCCCCCUGGGGGGCGACUACCAAGAGCCCUCCCAGCUCCUCUGCAAGAUGCCCGAGUUCACGGCCGAGGAGCCUGCGGCGUCUACCAGCGCCGCCGCCUCCAAGCCCCCCGGCACGGCCCCGGCGCCGGACGGCGUCCCCCACUACGCCGAGGCCGACAUCGUCCACCUGCAGGGCGUCACCGGCGGCAACACCUACGCCAUCCCCGCCGUGGCCAUGGACCUGCUGUCGGGGAAGGAUGUGGCCGCGGAGGAGUUCCCCCGGAAGCUGCUCACCUUCAAGGAGAAGCUGGGAGAAGGACAGUUCGGAGAGGUCCACCUGUGCGAGGCGGAGGGCCUCCAGGAGUUCAUGGCGGAGGAGUUCUCCUUCGACGUGGACGAGGGCCAGCCGGUCCUCGUGGCGGUCAAGAUGCUCCGCGCCGACGCCAGCAAGAAUGCAAGGAAUGACUUCCUGAAGGAGAUCAAGAUCAUGUCGCGCCUGAAGGACCCCAACAUCAUCCGGCUGCUGGCCGUGUGCAUCUACAGCGACCCCCUGAGCAUGAUCACAGAGUACAUGGAGAACGGGGACCUCAACCAGUUCCUCUCCCGCCACCAGGCCCCGGGGCCACUGGCCGCACUCAGCACAGCCCCCACCGUCAGCUUCAGCGACCUGUGUGACAUGGUCACCCAGAUCGCCUCGGGGAUGAAGUACCUCUCGUCUCUGAACUUUGUCCACCGAGACCUGGCCACCCGGAACUGCCUGGUGGGGAAGAGCUACACCAUAAAGAUCGCCGACUUCGGCAUGAGCAGGAACCUGUACAGCAGCGACUACUACCGCAUCCAGGGACGGGCCGUGCUGCCCAUCCGCUGGAUGUCCUGGGAGAGCAUCCUGCUUGGUAAGUUCACCACAGCCAGCGACGUGUGGGCCUUCGGGGUGACGGUGUGGGAGAUGCUGACCUUCUGUCAGGAGCAGCCGUACUCCCAGCUCAACGACGAGCAGGUCAUCGAGAACACCGGCGAGUUCUUCCGGGACCAGAAGAGACAGAUCUACCUGCCCCAGCCAGCGUUAUGUCCAGACCCUCUCUACAAGACCAUGCUGAGCUGCUGGAGGAGGAACAGCAAGGAGAGGCCCUCCUUCCAGGAGAUACACCGAGCCCUGCUGGAGAGCCAACCCUGACCCAGGAAAUACACCGAGCCCCGCUAAAGGGCCAGGCCUGACCCAGGAAAUACACCGAGCCCCGCUAAAGGGCCAGCCCUGACCCAGGAAAUACACCGAGCCCUGCUGUAGGGCCCGCCCUAACCCAGGAUAUGCUAUACACCGAGCACUCUUGGAAAGCCAGCCUUAACCCAGGAAAUACACGAACCCUCCUGGAGCCCUGGGAGGGCUGACCCAGGCCCAACCAAGACACUCCUCUCCUCUCCUAUACAACAUGCAUGAAACAGAUCGGGUUUAGAAUAGAAUCCAGCUUUAAGCUAUCUUGUUUGAGCAGAAACUGGUUAGGAAGUCCCUGACCCACCUACCGGGAGUCAGCGACCACGGGGGGAAACACUGUUAGAUCAACACCAACAACAACAACAACAACAACAACAACCUAACAAACAGCAGCAGGCAGGUGCACGGACUCAAUGUGUGUCUUGAUGAGAUUGUCUAAUGUUUAAUACAUUUUUAUACUAUACUUUUAUACAGAAGGGCAUCAUACCCAGACAAGCACACACAAGACCGUUCUAAACUUGCAAGUAUUAAAAACAAAGUGAAUUGUAGAAAUUCACAUUUGGCACUUUUUUAACAAUGUCGUUUUUUUUGGUCGCUUUUUUUUAAGAGUUGUCAUUUCUUAUGUUCCAGGUCUGUGGGUUCAAUGAGGGGCAAAGAUGGAGGCUGGAAGGCUUUCUUGUGUUCUCUGUUGGAAGACUGCUUGAAUGUAGAGCAAAUAAGAGCAGCAAACCGUCACUGUUAAUAUCAAAACAUGUCGUUUCAGAACAACAAGUUAAUGUUUGUUUCAUCUCAAUAGUUUAGGUAAUCUAAGCAAUUUAUUAUACCAGCAAAUUGUUAUAUUCAUUAAUUGCAGUGUUUGGCAGUGAUAUUGCAAUGAGCAAUGUAUACGACAAUAUAUUUUCAAUAGAUAUUUCAUUAUGAAUAUUUUAAUAUCCAUAAUUGUAAAAAAGGAAAAAGGUUACAUACACUCAUCUGUGUACCAAGAAGCACUUCCGUUUAAAAACACAUUUCAGUGAAUGGCAGCAGUCAAAAUAUCCUCAUUCUGUCCUUCUGCUUGAUGUCUGAUCAUUUAUGUAGUGUUUGAAGAUGUAAUCUAGUCUGAAAUAUCAAUAUCACAUCAGUCAUAUGCUUGAGGGGGGUUGUCUUUUACUCUAUCAGUUCCCGCUCUAGGCCAGACGUACCUGUGUGUCACAAGGGCGUGAGUGAGAUGUAAGUGUUUACUCAUUGGAAGGAAGAUAAUCGACAGGUUAUGUGUUUACCAAAGAAUUGUGUAGUUGAGACUUACUACGAUUGUGAACUCAGACUAUAGAGUGAGACUGAACUGUGUUUAAGUUGCAGUGUCAGAUAAUGAAAUGCAGAUGAAGGUAUUCUGUGUGUGUACAGAAAGGGAAUAUUCAGUCUUAUUCUUGCAUUUUACAAAAAAAGAGACUAUUACAGAUUGCUUUGUUUGAGGAGACUGGGGUUGUGUUGUGAGAAGCUAUAAGGUCAAACAUCUCAUGAUUACUAAACUAUUAAAUUACUCAUACAUUUCAGCUAUUAAUUCAACUCAUUGUUGUCAUGUUGAGGUCAUGUUCACAAAAUCAGUCCUUCAGUCUGUAUUCAGAUUGACAUGGCAUGUUGUCAUUACCUUUGGCCUUUCACACAAAAUGGAUUCACUGCCAUUUCACUUUACGUGUAAAGCUUGUUCAUGUUCUUCUUAGCUUCAUCAUUUGAAUUAACAUUCAUGUUGAACAACCAACGUUACUGAAAACUAUCAAGAGAUGCAUGCAAGCAUUCCAUUCAAAAACAUAUUAACCAAUUAUAAAGGCAUUUGAGGUCGUUAAAAGUAUGUGGCCCAACUGGUUGCAAUUGUAUAGUUGUCUGUUCACUCUGCAAUUUAUAAUUUGUUUAGUUUUGUACGAAUUUUGUGCUAUUAAUCAAAUUUGUUUUUUAUAGGAGUGUUUUAUAAAAUACUUGUAUGCAAAGGUAAUGUUCUUUGUAAUUCUGCUUUGUGAUAGAUAAAUACCAAAAUAAACGUUCUCAAUGCAAUUCUUUGCCCCAAAGUCAUGGAUGCAAUCAUGUCAUUCAAAUACAUGUUGACCAUUAAAUCUUGGUUUUAGGGUGUCUUUUUAAGAGCUAGUAUAAUAUGACCCAUCAUAAAGAAGCAACUAUUUUCCUCA